AUGCCGGCGGAGCUGGAGCGUCGGGCUUCGACCAAGUGUGAGAGCCUGGCGAGCCCUGGCAACGGUCCAUUUGCAACUCUCCAAGUUCUGCAAGUCCCGACGGCCUCAACGCAAGCAUCACAAGAACGCUUGCGAUUGCUACGCUGCCUCACCCGGCGCAAUGCAAAGCAUCCCACUGCCUUCUUGCGACUGAGCGAGGCCUUGUUGGCAGCCAAGCCAGAUGAGGCUGCGGAUGCCUUGCGCAAACACUUGGACAUUGCCAGCCAUCGGCUUCAUGAACGGCCGAACGCAGACGAGCGGACACUGCGCUUGGCAUUGGCCAAGCAUUUGCUGUACAUCGCAACCAAUGAAACGCCGGAGACGAUCUCCAAAGACUACGUAGCCUCUUUGUUCGAUCGGUUCUCACCGACGUUUGAAAGCCGCCUGGAGCACCUGAACUAUCAAGUGCCCCAGAUGAUCAUGCAGGAAAUAGCAUUGCAAGGCACUGCGAUACAGUGGAUGGGAUGUUGGAGCUGCGCCAAGAAACAUGCGUAUUUUGGAUCUUGGAGCUGGAACUGGCCUCUUGGGUGA